AUGGGCGCCCAGUCUGACAGCGACCGCGCCCAUCGCGACGCUCUUGACCACGCACCUGGUGUCUCCGGCUUCGCUGCCGACGAAGAGACUCUUCCCAUGAGCUACUUCUACAGUCCUGCAUUUAUUGGCACAGUUCUGGCGACUGGUCUCGGUCUGGCGGCUGCCGUGGGAGGCUUCGGCCUCGCAGCCCCAAAUCUGGGUGUGAUUAACUCGGACAUUGGCCCCUCGGACAACCUUGCAUGGUACUUCUUCAUCGGCGCUGCUGCCUUGGCCCUUGUUGGCUGUAUCAUCUGUGCCGUUGCAAAGAAUGUCAACGGCUUGAUUGGAGGUACCGCACUCAUUGGCAUUGCCGCCUCUGGGCAACAGUCGUUCUCCUUUAUUACAGGAGAGCUGGUCCCUAUGAAGCACCGUUUCGCGAUGAACGCGCUGAUGUAUGUCUUCUGCAUCCCCUUUGCGGCUUUCGGCCCCGCUAUCUCGAAAUCGCUUGUGCUGCACACUGAGGCCGGUUGGCGAUGGUGCUACUAUAUAAUGAUCAUCAUCAACUUUGUCUCUGGACUUCUCUUCACCCUAUUCUAUUUCCCACCCACUUUUGAACAGAAAUUCACUGGACGCAGCAAGCUUCAACAGCUGAAGAAGGUUGACUAUGUCGGCAUCGUUCUGUUCGCCGCGGGUCUGUUCGUCUUCCUGCUUGGUCUCUCUUGGGGCGGUCAACAGUACCCAUGGGCCUCUGCUGAGGUCAUUGCAACCAUGGUUAUCGGCUUUUUGGCCCUGGUCGCCUUCGCUUGUUGGGAAACAUUCGCAAAGCUGGAUGAGCCUCUGCUGCCUAUGCACCUCUUCAAAAACUUCAAGUGGGUAGUCGCAUGCGUGCUGCUGGGUUUGGGAGCCAGCAUCUAUUAUGCAAUGGCCGUGAUUUGGCCCCAGAUGGUCACAGUACUGUACACCAACGACGGUGGCGCCAGCAUGUACGCUGGCCUUCUCGCUUGCGCCCCCACAGCAUGCAUAAACGCAGGCCAGAUCAUCUCUGGUAUUUUGGCUGCGCCUAUUGGGAAGACAAAAAUCCAGCUCAUUGUCACCGUCAUCAUCGGCGGCGCGUUCCUUGGCGGUCCGAAUGAAAAGGGCAUGGCCACUACCUUCAUCAUUAUUUCCUGUCUUGCCAUCGGCUGGGUUGAAAGUGUAACACUCUCCCUAGCCGGCAUCGAACUGCUUGACCAGUCAGAAAUUGGAACAGCUGUUGGAGCUGCGGGAUCCAUCCGCUCCGCAAUUUCCUCCCUCGGAAGUGCCGUCUAUCUCUCCGUGUUAAGCAACCGCUUGAGCGAGACCAUUCCGAAUCGUGUUCCCCCGGCAGCCAUCGACGCAGGGCUGCCGGCAGUCUCCAUUCCCGGACUGCUGGAUGGCUUCACCACGGGCGACUUCAGUGCAGUCGAGGGUCUUACAGAUAGCAUCUUGGCUGCCGCGUCUCGGGCAUAUCGAUAUACCAAUGCCGAGGCGUACAGUACUGUCUUCUACACCUCCAUCGCAUUCACCGGCCUUGCCGUCGUUCUGAGCUUCUUCGCCCCUAAUGUGGACGACAAGAUGACUGGCCAAGUCGCAGUCACGCUCAACAAGGACAAUAAGGUGAUUAACGAGAAGGGAGUGACUCAGCACGAAGAGGUCUAG